AAAAUUGAGGUUAGAUUCAAUUGUCAUUUCAUACAGUAACGUGUUACAUGUGGACAUACGAAUUGUCAAAUCAAUUUAACCUACUUAAAUAAAUAAACAAAACAAUAAUCCAUUAGUUAAGAAACAAAUGAGAAUACAAUUUAUUGGAAAUAAUGUUCGAUGGCAGCAAUGUCACGUUUCACAAAGUGAAAAUCGUUGUUGUAGGAGAUUCUGGAGUGGGUAAAACAUCUCUUACACACCUGAUAUGUGAGCAACAACCAAUAACUAAUCCAGCUUGGACUCUUGGAUGCUCAGUUGAAGUUAAAUUACAUGAAUUUAAAGAAGGUACUCCAUUUCAAAAAACAUAUUUUAUAGAAUUAUGGGAUGUUGGUGGUAGACAGAGUCAUCAGAAUACUAGACAUGUUUUUUACAACCCUACUCAUGGAAUAAUCCUGGUUCAUGAUCUUUCUAAUAGAAAAUCUGAACAAAAUCUACAAAAAUGGUUACAAGAAGUUUUAAGUAAAGAUGGAAACAACGGGAAAAAUAGACAGUUUGAUGAUUUUGAUCCAGAAAGAUUUGUUGGUUCUACACAGAUUCCAAUAUUAGUGGUUGGGACAAAAUUAGAUCUAAUUGAAUCAAAAUCGUAUCUUCAUCGAAGAUCAUCAACAAUAGCUGAAGAGUGUGGUGCUGAUGAAAUAUUUUUGGACUGUCUUCAUGUGCGGUCAUUAGCAGCAGGAACCACAUCAUCGGUAAAACUAAGCAGGUUUUUUGAUAAGGUUAUUGAACGACGUUAUUAUGGAAAUAAAGAUAUAGCAAGCCCUGAGAAAAGAAGACUUCAUGCUUACACACCUCCAUAUUCUCAAAAAAUUUAUCAUAAUGAUUAAAAAUAACAUUUCUCCACCAAUUUCAUAAUAUAUGAUAAU